GAGCAGUGGUUCAGGAUGAGGAAUGUGCUGAAACAGCGCAUCAUGAAGCCCAAGGAUGUAGCCAUGUUUUCAGAAGGUGUAACCAAUGUCAUUGCAGACUUGAUCAAAAGGAUAAAGUACAUGAAGGCUCAGGAAGGUACCUCGGAGACUAUAACCGAUGUCAACAACUUGUUCUACAAGUUCGCAAUGGAAAUUAAGACUCUAUUGCUUUGGCCUUUGGAAAGCCCUUCAUUCCUGAAGGGGUGUGUGCUUCAAAAAUCUGAAGCACAAAAGGAACUAGGAGUCUUAGUUCAAGAUUCUCUUAAGCUGGUUCAGAUCAAGCAGCAGUUGGAGCAGGAGCAGUCUGUCCAGGGGGAAUUAUUGACCUAUAUGUUGGUCAAGCAGGAGGUGACCCUGGAGGAGAUUUACGCAAACACAUCAGAGGUGCUGCUGACAGGCGUCGAUACAACUUCCUUCACAUUAUCUUGGCGCACAUACCUACUGGCCAGGUACCCUGCUAUUCAGAGGCUUGUGUAUGAAGGGAUUGUUCAGAACCUUGGACCCGAUGUGACCCCCACGGCUCAGGAUCUGUAAUUACCUCUGGUCUGAGGGCCCCUCAAGGAAACAUUGAGACUGUCCCCUGUCCUUCCCGGAAAUGGUCGGAUCACCCAGGAGGACAUGAUUGUCGGUGGAUACUUUAUUCCAAGUGGGACUCUGCUUGCCCUCUGCCACUACAGUACAUCUCACAACAACGAGGUUUUUGAAAAGCCCAGAGAGCUUCAGCCUCACCGCUGGCUGCGGAAGACUGACACGAAUCGCGUGGAUAACUUCGGAACAAUCCCGUUCGGUUACGGGGUGCGGAGCUGUGUGGGGCGGAGGAUCGCGGAGUUGGAGAUACACCUAGUACUUUCUCUCCAACUCCUGCAAGCAUUUGAGGUCCACUUGGCUCCCAACACCAGAACAGUUUCUGCCAAAAUCCAAGGCCUGCUGGGUCCAGGGAAGCCUAUCAACCUCAAGUUUGUGGACAGGAAGUACCGCGGGGCUAGGGGCUAGGGGCUAGGGGCUAGGGGCGAGGGGCUAGGGGCUAGGGGCGAGGGGCAAGGGAGGCAUAAAGUGGAUUCCUCGGGAACUGACUGCAAGUGUUUCUGCCAACGAAUUUCACUUAAUCUGCAGCAACGAGGCUUUCAGGACAUCUAGAUAAACAGCGACAGGCGAUGAAGAAACACGAUGAAGGCUUUGACUCAACUCAAAUCUAACUGUGUGCACAGAGCAGAUCGUUCAACCCUGCAUUGAUACCAAAGGUCGCCCUCUGUUGGA